CUAAAAAAACAGGAAAUCAAAAACGAAAACUUCGAGCCUUUUGUACGGGCUAAAGUGGGUGAACUUACAGAAUUUUGUCAGCUUUCACAGACGCAGGCACAUCGCUGCAGCCGCAGACCUGUGUGUGUGUUUCCUUCACGAACAGAAGCUUUUGCUCCUAUUGUUUCUUCAGUUCCACAAAUGUCGUGCUUUGAGAGCACYAAGGGGAGUCUGGAGGAGGACAGCUAUGACGGAGCAGUUGGUGGAGAGCUGUCCGACUGUGCCUUGGCAAUGAUGGAGAAGGAACGAGAAUCUCUUCUAAGCCCUUCGGAAAGUCCUGGCACCUUCAUGAGCACCUCCUCCAGCAGUCUUCAGCCUGCUGCCCCCCUUCAGGGCUAUGACGUCGAGUUUGACCCACCCCUAGAGAGUAAAUACGAGUGUCCUAUCUGCCUCAUGGCUUUGAGGAAUGCCAUACAAACACGCUGCGGUCACCGCUUCUGCAAGAGCUGUAUUGAAAAGUCUAUUCGUGAUACAGGACAGCGGUGCCCUGUGGACAAUGAAAUGCUGUCAGAAGACCAACUGUUUCCUGAUAACUUUGCCAAGAGGGAGAUUUUAUCGCUAACUGUUCGCUGUCCAAAYUCUGGCUGCGGUGAGAAAAUGGAGCUCCGGCAAUUAGAGAAUCAUUUGGCACAGUGUCAGUUUGCCACCAUGCUUUGCCCACUGUGCCAGCAGGCUGUGAGAAAAACCAACCUAGAGGAGCACAAGACUGUCGAGUGCCAAAAACGACUUGUCUCAUGUCCAGACUGUGUGACAAGCUUUUCUUACGAGGAGAAAGAGCUUCAUGAGCAGCAGUGUCUUUUUGCCAAUGUGAAGUGUCAGUACUGUGAGCUGGAACUCAUCAGAGACCAAAUGGAAUCCCAUUGUGAUGCAGAUUGCCCCAAAGCACCUAUUGCCUGUAAUUUUAGCAUGUUUGGAUGUAAGGAGAGGAUGCAACGCCAUGACCUGGCCCAGCACAUGCAGGAGUUCACACAGAUGCACAUGCGCUACAUGGCUGAAUUUUUGCGUGGCUUCUGCCUCAACGGCACCACGCCCAAACCUUUGCAAAUGCUUGGCCCUUCCGUUUCCACCGAGGACCAGGGCGCUGCGGCAUCCGUGCCAGCCAGCGGUGGGCUCAGGAGAGCUGCGAGCUGCAGCAUCAACACGACAUCGUGUCAGCCCAGCGAGGAGAUGCAGAGGCUCAGAGAGAUGGAUGGACGACUGGUAAAGCAGGAUCACCAGCUGCGCGAGCUUAUCAUCUUGAAAGAGACGCAAGCAGGGCAGCUUGCAGAGCUCAGGCGUCGGGUGUCUGUGCUGGARGAAACGAUAAAGGAACUAGAGUCCCAGCAGUGUCACGGCAUCUUCAUCUGGCCCCUCAGAAGGUUCUCAGCCCUCUGGCGCAACCAAGAAACAGGAAACUCGGUGGUCGAGCACAGCCCUGGCUUCUACACWGGUCGUCCAGGCUACAAGCUGUGUCUGCGUUUGCACCUGCAGAGCCCCAACGCCCCGCGCUGUUCCAACUACAUCUCYCUCUUUGUCCACACCAUGCAAGGAGCUUUUGACGGGCAGCUAACCUGGCCGUUCCAAGGCAACAUCCGGCUCGCCAUWCUCGACCAGGGACCCGAGCCUCAGCACCACGUGGAGGUCAUGGAGACGAAGCCGGACCUGCAGGCCUUCCAGAGGCCCACCAUUAACCGCAACCCUAAAGGAUUUGGCUAUGUCACCUUUAUGCACCUGCAYCAGCUGAAUCAGAGACCGUACAUUAAAGACGACACGCUCUUGAUUCGCUGUGAGGUUACGCCACGCUUUGACACUGUAGUUCAUCGCGAAGGACCAACAGUACAGCCAAGAGGACCUGAAGCAUCUAUUUCAAAAGACUAAAGCUCAUUGUUGUGGUGGUAUGUAAAGUUUGUCUUUGGUGUUUCAGUAUUUGUUCAGUUAGUAUCAUGGACAUCAGAGGAAAACUGACACCCACAGUCAUUUAUAGAAGCUCCAGUGCUAGUAUUUAUUUGUUUUCCAUCUUCAAAAUAUCUUAGGUUUUUAUUGUUUUUAAAUUGAUUUAGUGGUAUGCAAGUUUGUCUCAAAAGGCCUGAUGUUGAAAAUGUGUCAUACAUAGGCCACAGUAUCACUCAGCGGUAACACAAUUUUACAUAGAGUGAGUUUGUUGAGUUAGAUUCAAUUAAAUUCAUGGCCCGUGGACACAGUUUUAAUUUUGGUAUACAAGUGGGUGUUGCAAAAUUAUCCUAUUUUGUAUCCAUUCUCCACUGCUUUAGAGGCAACAGGUCCAGGACCAUGUGUUAAAUUACUGACAGUGUAGUAAUAAUGCAGAGUCACAUCUGUGUUUUCUUUCCUGUAGGGUGUGGAGGUUUUGAUUUUGUGCAGGAUCUAUAGACUGUGUUUUAGUGGUAAGAGUGACCCAUUGAAGAGUUUAUUGCACAUUCUAAUUGACACGUUAGUCKAUGAAAUUACAUUUUUAAUAUUAAAGUUAUGCUUUUCGCUUUAUUGCCUCACAUCCCAAAUACAGUACAGUACAAGGUUUUCAGUUAUGAAAAAUAUUAAUGUGCUCAUUCAAACAUGUUUCUUUUCUUUCAGUUUUCUGUGCAUGGUGAACGUAGCAUCAUCAGAAUCCAGACUAAAGAUUUCAGUUUCUAAUUGUGGUUGUAAGACACAAAAUUGGGCUCGUGGUAUUUUUAAACAGAACAGUGAAAAGAAAAGUUCUAUAUUAUGCUACAACAGUGGAAACAUAGAAUUUCAUGUCCAAUUCAUUCACAACAUAGCCCAGGUGUUAGUGGGUGGACUCUGCUCCAGCAUAGGUCUAUGGUCCAUCACAGGUCCAACAUUCAAAAAGACUCAAAACAUUUUCAUAGAAUAGAUAUUGUGUGGUUUAAUUUGACCGUUUACACUAAAACUGUACCGCACCUCAUUUAACAUAAAGAACAUUGUAAAAAAUCUUAAAUGUAUGUGCUGUUCAAAAUUAUUUUUUAAUUUUUUAAAAGAAAUCCUUGUGGCUUAAUCUACACAAAUUUAGUAUAGAGAUGUUGUCAGCUUGGAAGAUUUUCUGUUAUGCAGUUCUGCUUUGUUUUUUUUUUUKUUUUGUUUUUUUCAGCAUUCAGCACUCAUGUUUUUUUUUUUUCUCUUCUGCGCACACACAUUACUUAUGACAGAAUGCACAGUACAAUGUGUUUCACACAAGUGCCUGGCUAAUGUGAUCAAGUCAAGUAUUUUAUUUUUUAUGGUUCUGUUCUACACAUACAAAAAUACAACAUAAUAACUCAGUGUUGUUGUUUUACAGUAAACAUGCUGCUUUGACCCUGAUUUGUUUU